GAAAAGGGAGAGAAAGCGUUGUGUGACGCCGAUUAAGGUAUUCGGCACGUGUUAGGGAAGGCAGUAAAACCAUUGUAGUUUUAACGAUAUGCAUGCACCAUGUCAGAUAAAAAUAAAGUUGGGAAAUUGCACGUUGGUGACGAUGGAUAUAUCUCUCCGGAUGUAGGGAACCAAAACUACCGAAAAAUUUGGGGCUCAGAUCCUCGAGCAGCCACAUGCAGGGGCAAGCUCCAACAUCGCAGAGCCAAAUUAAAUCAAGAAAUCAACAAACAGAUGAUGAUGAGGAAUGGAGCAGAAAAACUUUUCAAAGCAACUACCAAUAAGAAAAUGCGUGAAACAGUUGCUCUUGAGCUGAGUUUUGUUAAUUCCAACUUGCAGUUACUCAAAGAGCAACUAGCAGAAAUGAACAGUUCAGUACAGAUUUAUCAGAAUGAAAGUGCUAGCCAAUUGGUUCCAAUGAUACCAUUAGGGUUGAAAGAAACAAAAGAUAUUGACUUUCAAGAAGUGUUUAAGGAUUUUAUUUUAGAGCACUAUAGUGAAGAUGGCAACAAGUUUGAAAGUUCUUUACAAGAACUAGCUGACAUUCGACAGGCUUGUAAAACCCCUGCAAGAGAUCAAAGUGGAGUUUUAUUGCUGUUUCAGUAUUACAACCUUCUGUAUUACGUGGAAAGGAGAUUUUUUCCUCCUCAUCGAAGUAUGGGUAUUUACUUUGAAUGGUUUGAUUCUUUGACAGGUGUUCCAAGCACCCAGAAAACUGUGGCUUUUGAAAAAGCUAGCAUACUUUUCAACAUUGCUGCCGUGUACACACAAAUAGGAGCUAAGCAGGAUCGGACAAAGAGCUCGGCUGUGGAUGAUGCAGUAGAUAAUUUUUUGAGAGCAGCAGGAAUGUUUCAUUACAUUAAGGAAAAUUUCAGUAAUGCUCCAAGCAUGGACCUUGCCCCGGAUACUUUACAAACUCUUACACACCUUAUGCUGGCACAGGCAAGAGAAUGUUUGUUUGAGAAACUGAUUCUAACCAAUAUUGAUAAACAAGGGAUUGAAGGCUGUCUGGAUGUAGCACAAGAAGCUGCAGAGGUAGCGGCAGUGUACAGUCAGGUACAUAAACUAAUCUCUGCUCCAGAAGUGAAAGAUUAUGUUCCCUACAGUUGGAUUAGCUUAAUUCUAGUAAAAUCUGAACAUUACAGAGCUUUAGCUCAUCAUUUUGUUGCAGUGGGAUUACUUGAUCAUAAUGGAGAACUUAAUGAAUCUGUGAAACAGAUGUUGGAAAUGAUACAUCUAGAAGACAAAAACAAAACUUGUAUUGGAAUAAACAUUCCUCAAAAUACAGUUGAGAGACAGCAGUUGGGCAAAGCCCAUUUAAGAGAAGCUCUCCUUCUUCAUGAAGAAGCACUUAGACUACAUCGAAUGUGUCGGCAGUUGAGACAGGUUGACAACCUGAAAAUUCGUUUAAGAAUUGACCAUGACACUUCUCUUAAUAGAUAUGCAGACACUGAAGAAGAAGAUGAUUUCCAAGAGGUUUUAGAUCCUCCUAAAGUUCAUCCAUCUACAAAGUACCAGCUAACAUUGACUCCUCCAGACUUCUCACAGUGUAAAGUUCAGGAUUUGUUUCAUGAUCUGGGACCAAUUGGCAUUUUUUCUGCACGUCAUCAUUGGACAGCUCCUCGAACUAUUCAUCUUGAGCGAGAAAAUGAGGAAAGUUUUGGGUUCAGUGUCAGGGGGGAUUGUCCAGUCAUCAUUGCUGGAACUGAAGCUGGAAGUCUAUCUAAGAUGGCAGGCCUGAAAGAAGGAGAUUUUUUAGUUGCUAUUGGUGAGACAGAUACUAAAUGGUGUAGCCAUGAUGAAGUAGUUUCACUGAUUCAAGCUGCAGGAAAUAAUCUAAUAUUAAAGGUAGUUACCCCCAUGGAUCACAACUAUCUUCAUCCCAAGAAUAGUCCAUCAGUGAGCCCAACAUCAACAACAUCCAGCAGUUCUGGGGUUAGCUCUGCUUCCAGUCAGUAUCAGAGCUCUCUAGGGAGUGAGUUUAGUGGGAAGGGCAAAGACAACCACAAGAGGCUCACUUGGAAUAUCUUUCGUCGGGGAAGAUCUAAAGAACGAGAACGUCAAAGUAGUGCUUAUGAUCCAAACAUUCUUUUAUGUUAAAAAAUAAACUGCAAGAAACUCAGUGUCAAGAAAGUGCAAUUUUGAUUUUUUUUUCAGACUACUUCAGGUUCUGUUAAUGAAUUGUGUACUGUAUAUCUUAGCAUGCUUAAAAAAAUUUAAAAAUGAACUACUAAAUAUUUACUGGAAUCUAGCUUAAUUGAAAGAAAUCAUUAUUAAUAUUAUUAUUAGGCAAUUUAGGGUUAAAACCUAAAGGAUUUGAUAGUUUUUGACAUUUUGUUGGUAGUGACAAAUACAGAUGUAGAAGUGUAAAUGUUGCAGUUAGAACUAGCAUCAAAUGUGAACUUGCCUAAUGUACACACUUAAAACAUAUCUGUAUGAAUAUGCAUUAUGUAUGGUGGUUUAUCUAGUAUUAUUGUAACUUUUGUAAGCAGUAAUCUUGUGUGGCUAGUACAAAUGUGAUUUAAUUACUGAGGAUUUCAUUGAGUUUGUUAGCACUCAAAUCAGUCAUCAAACUUUAUAAUAAGAUAGGUUGUUGUUUUUUCUAGUAAUAAAUGAUAAAAUUUUUACCAUUAGUAUUUUAUUCCAUAUUCCUUCUCUAUAUUUAGCAGUUUUAUUUGUGCUUUUUUUUUUGUCAAACUUUCUAAGAGCUUGGGACAUACAAUUUAGAUUGGACAUGUUUAAGUGGUUUAUAUUGUGAAGGUAAAAACUAUAGUUGUCUAGGUAGCUUUAUAAAACAAUACUAUUAACAACUACUUGUGAGUAUAAAUUAAAAUCAUAUUUGUUAUGUACAGAACAUGAGUGAAACAUGCAUACAACAAAUGUUAUUUUCAUUUGUUGCUCACAACUAGCUGUUAUUUUGUUGAUAACUUAAGAAAAGGCACGAGAUUCUUCUUUUUUAAUUUUACAGUAUAAUGUAUAGUAAAAAUAAGAGGUGUGGUGUUUUGUGAUGCUUAGUUACAAAAAGAAUAUAAUAAAACUGACUAAUAUAUACAAGUGAAAGAAUACUAACUGAUAUGUGAUUUUACAUCCUAUAUUUUUUUAAUUUAAAGUUUUGCUUUUUCUUUGGAAAAGUUAAAAUGUCAGAAUGUUUUUUCUUUCUUCCUUUUUCUUGAGACUCGGAAAGUUGCAUAGCUUGACAGAAAUACCGAUAUUUACCUUAAAUGAAUAUUUAAAUAGCAAUAGUGUUUAUAACUUGAUUAAUAGAGCCACUGAGCUCUGAAGUAGACUAAAAGUAUAGAAGUUUCUGAAGACGUUUAUUAUCUUUGGGCACCUCACCAGUUUAAUUUUAGACUAAUUACUGAAUGUGACAAAUAUUGUAGAAAAACUAAAUAUCAUUUUAGUAUUAUUAUAACUAAAGUAAGAAUUGUAUGUGAGGUUUGCUAGUUAGCAAGGAAAGGAUUUCAUGAAUAAUGUUCUUUGUGCUAUAUAUUACACUAUCAGCAAAUUUGUUACAGUAUGCAAGUAAAAGUAGAGCCAUGAAAAAUGAAUCUCAUAUAAGGAGUAAUGUUUUUAUUUUUCAUGCAUCUUGGUUGUAAAACUGUAGCAUUUGCAACUAGAAUUGUAACUAUUGUGAAUAUAUUAUGAAGGAUAUAAAUGUAGGAAUUGGUAUUUUUAACAUUAAUUUUACACUUAUGUUAAAAUAUUUUGCUUCAAGUGCCAUGGUUUUUGUGUUGGUGUUUUCAAACAUAUAAAUAAUGUACAUUUGUGUAUAUACAAACUAAAUCUUGCUAGCUGGAGCAUAAGUAUGUGUAAAGUUUUAAUUGUUUAAACAUACUUUACUGAGAUUAAGAACCGUUUAAAAUACUGGGAGGUGUCAAUGUAAUAAGAAAACUUUGAUUUCAUAUUUACUAAUUCUAUCAGAAAGGAAUAUGAAAAGCUAAUCCAUAUUAAUUUCUUUAUGCUGUACUUCUUUUUUUGUGUGUGUACAAAACUAAUGUGUAUUUUUUUCAC